UUCUAGCAAACAAAUCUUGUAAGAAUGAACCUUCUAAAUCACACAACCAUAUCCAUAUGCUCCCACACAAGCUCCUGCUACAACCAUGGCAGCAGCUGUAGAUUUCCUCUCAAGAUCAAGAAGAAGAUGGUUGUUGUUUCUUGUUUAAGCCCGAAGCCCGCAAAUUGGGCCCUUUCUUUUCUUUCAAUUUCGGCAUCGGUUGUUUCUUACAUGGAGAAGAGAGAAAACAGAAAAAUCCGCAGCUUCGAAACCAUUACUUCUACCUUCGAUUUCGAUGAUUACAUGAUGGGAAAGGCGUCGCGUAUCGACAAGGCGUUGGAAGAGGCGGUGGCCCUACGGGAGCCCGUCAAGAUUCACGAGUCGAUGAGGUAUUCUCUCCUCGGAGGUACCGGGAAACGAGUGAGGCCGGUUUUGUGCAUUGCUUCGUGCGAGCUAUUGGGCGGACAAGAAUUCACGGCCAUGCCAGCGGCGUGCGCGGUGGAGAUGAUUCACACCAUGUCCCUAAUGCACGAUGACUUGCCGUGGAUGGAUGACGACGGAUUCAGGCGGGGAAAGGCUGCCAACCACAAAGUAUUCGGCGAGGAAGUUGCCGUCAUAGCCGGAGAUGCCCUUCUGGCCUUCGCCUUCGAGUAUCUAAUCACCGCCACACAAGGCGUAGCUGCGAAGUGCAUUUUACGAGCCGUCGACGAGCUAGCCAAGUACUUUGGGGUCGAGGGGGUAGUGGCCGGGCAAGCGGCGGACAUAUGCUCGGAGGGGCUACCGGAAGUCGGGAUGGAGCAUUUGGAGUUCAUUCACGUCCACAAGACGGCGGCUCUGUUGGAGGCCUCGGUGGUGCUCGGAGCCAUUCUCGGCGGCGGAAAUGAUGGCGAAAUUGAGCGGCUGAGGAAGUUCGCGAGGAGCAUCGGGCUUCUGUUCCAAGUGGUGGAUGACAUUCUUGAUGUGACCAAGUCCUCGCAGCAGCUGGGGAAGACUGCCGGAAAGGACUUGGCGGCCGACAAAACCACUUACCCGAAGCUUAUGGGGGUCGAGAAAUCGCGGGAGUUCGCAGAGGAGCUCCGGCGGGGAGCUCUCGAGCAGUUGGAAGGGUUCAACACCGUCAAGAAAGCUCCGUUGGUUGCUCUGGCGAAUUACAUUGCUUACAGAGAAAAUUGAUUCGUUCUUCGUGAAAUUGUAAAAAUCUUAAGAAAACGUACACAAAAAGCAAUGAUUUAGUCGUUAAA